AUGACAACAACUAUACAACAAAUCCUAUUAAUACCAUUAUUGGUUGUAUUUAUAUUAUAUAGCAGCACAUCAGUGUUGUCUCCUCUAACAGUAGUCAAUGGAUUAGAUAUAUCUGACACGGUACAGGUAAUCAACGAUCCAUUUGUAUUGGGAAACAAUGAGAAUCUCAAUCUGGUCAAUGCCACCAUCAUCCUAAACACCACCAACAUUUACAUUUCACCAACCUCUAGCAUCACCACCCGAUACGAUUGUGCCAUCAAAUCGACAUCCAAUCUCAACAUCACCAUUGCAUCUCUCAUUGGUUCUUUUAACGGUUCCUUUGAAAUUUCAACUAUUUAUCUUGAAAAUAUAACAAUAGAAAUGACAGCCAAUUCAACAUUAUAUGAUACAAUUAUUGAAAUGAAUAAUUCAAGUGGAUUGAUCGUUAAUUCGGUGAAUUUAAUUGGCUUGUACAAUUAUUUGGGUGAUGGAGAGUCGAUUUUCAAGGGCGGACGUAUCACUACUCAAAGUUAUAAUCCUCAAUUUUGCGGUGUUUUUAUUCACCCUGGUAAUGUGCUCAAGGCAUCGGGUAUGCCGUUGCCGACAUGGGUGCUCCGUACAACCGUCUAUAACAGCAGAGUCUUUUCGACGGUGCUGCCUAUUUUAGUGCCAUCAACCGAGUAUCUAAGGGGAACAAUGACAGGGAAAUACAACUUUUUUGGUAAACUCACCACUAGUCCUCGUACGACACUACUUUUUACCGACUUUGGUCUGACCAUUUAUGACAUGGAUCUACAGGGUGGUGCUAUCAAUGUGACCAACUCUGUUUGGGAUUUGUCGUACAAUGUGACACGUGUUGUCAACUCGACCAUCAAUUUUAGAACCAACAGCACGUUUGUCAUUAACCAGAUCGCUCCAGACUUGGGUGUAUCGCCUUUUGAGUGUCCUCAAUCAUGUCUCAACGCCACCACCCUCUGUUCGCCAUACUAUGGCUGCAAUGUUGGCCAGAUCCAAUGUCUUGGCAGUCAGGCAUGUGUCGACACGCUCGACCAAUGUGACCUCUACGGCUCCGUUCCCCUCCCCUUCUCGACACGUUUCAUAAAGUCUAACUCGGACGUUUAUGCUGAACACCGAUCCAAUGCUGCCAUUUGGUCACAAGCCAACUCUGAACUAGAAAUCAAGAGUAAUUCCCAUUUGGUCAUUCCAAGCGGCCUACUCCCCUCCACAAUCCAAUUGGUCCAAUACAGUUCCAUGGCCGACUCUCUUGCACUCCAAGUAAAUGGUUCAAAAAUUAGAUCAGAUUUUAGUUAUUUUAAUCAUAUCAUUUCCCCUCCUUUAAAAUUACAACUUUAUAAUGCAACAACUAAAACCUUCUUUAAACAUUGGAAUUUCCAAAAUAAUACUGUAUCUUUGUAUUAUAAUUUAGGUGCAGAUUUCAAACAUGACUUGGAUGCUAUAUGUUUGGCAUUUAUCAAUUCUAAUAAUGAAUGGGAAUGUACACCAUUUACAAUUACACCUCGACUCAACGGUAUUCUUGAGACCAAGACAACACACUUUUCAAGUUUUGCUCUUUUGUUAAAGUAUGACAAAAAUGGCGAGCAAGAAGAGAGCAAAGAAGGUACAGUCUCCAAGCAAAAGAUGAUCAUCAUUGCGACAUCAGUUGUUGGUGGCAUCGUGUUGUCUGCUAUUGGUGUAGCGUUGGUUGUCAACUUUAAGAUCAAAAAUCAUUCCUUUAGACGUUGGAGUGUACGUGUCAGCAAAGAAGACAUUUCUGAUUUAGACAGAUACAAACAAAAGAAUUUUAGAGCCACUUAG